AUGGCAGAUCAGGAGGGACUGCCUGGCGCUGAAGCAUCGUUGGCUGUUUCUACGGAGACACCUACGCAAGUGGCACAGGUUGAUGAACCUCGAGUCUUCCGCCUAAGAUCCUUUCCUGUCGUGUACAGGUGGAAUGUGGGGAAGGCAGAGCAGUCCGGUGAAGUGAAUGGGGUGAAAUACCAGCAGACCAUGGGGAGGAUGGUGCUCAUGUAUCCUCUGAUCGAUGAUUUGGAUGAGGAAGACUUCAAGGUGAAGAUGUCUUGUUGGCAGAUAGAAGUUAGUCGAACUGGAGGCUCCAAGGACGGUAAAAUCCCCGCACUUUGCCAGGAGACCUACGAUGAUAUCCACCGAGACCUCUCGUGGUGGAAGGUGGACACGCUGCCCACCUCCGAGAGGUUUCUGAUCAUCUGCCUGGCCAAAGCAAACCACCGACAAUGGGCUGGUCCUUGGUAUGGAGGAGCGCUCAAUCCACACAAGAAAGGACACUUUGGAUGGAGCGACCAGCAGGGUGCCAAGAAGAUUCUUAAGGAAUUGAAGAUUACCUCCGAAGAACUGAAGAAUAUUGAGCCCGGCGAACCAGAGGACUGGAACCAUGAGAUCUCCACUGCCAUGACGCCAGAGCAAAUUUGCACCGGCAUUGACAUGUCUCAGUCCGACAAGGAUAUCAGGCUUGUCAUACACCUCAACGAAGAAGCCUUGGACGGAGCAACUGCACGAAUACCACUGGAAGAGGUCUUCGCUGCUGACAUAUCAGCGAAUGAGUUCUGGGUCUUCUUGCGAGGGGAUAGCUUCACCCUUUGUCGGGGUCUUUUAGCACAGCUGGUGAGACCAGAGCUCACCACUUGGCAGGUUCGAUCCGAGCGACGGAGAAAGCUGCCAGAGGGCUGCAACAUCAAGUCUCCGGCCUUCUUCAAUCCAGCCUUGGUGAUCACCAUGGUCAAGGAGACCCGAGGGUCACAGGAGAAGGUCUUUGAGGAUUUUCAGCAUUGCAACUACGGCAUGCCGAAAGAUCGCAUCGAUUGGAGCGAACGAAUCCAGAGAUGCAUGGUCUUGCUGCCUGGGAGUCCCAACAACAAGGUGGGGAAGGCCUCAAGGGCACAAGCGCUGGUGACCAAGGUGGAAUCAAAGCAAGAUCUUCUCCUGAAUCGUGUGAUUUUGCUCUUCCACUUGGAGGACCGAUUGCCCAAGCUUUGCGAGAACCAUCGCGUGCACAUGCACGAUUUGUUCACCUUAAUGGCACACCCCCUGCGAUGCUUUGUUUUGUUCACCGCCGGUCCGCCGGUGCUGAAUGAUGUGCGCUACCAGGAACAUUCCUUUAAGGACGCGAGCGAGAAGCAGACCCUUUGGACGAAGGCCCUCGAUGUGGACCUUCAGCCUCCUGAGAAGCCGAACCGACUAAUCUCUCAGGAGACCGUGCCUACCGCGCCCAUUUCAGAGAUCUAUGCAUGCAAUCUCUCUUCCUUCGGUGCUCUCGGCGAUGGGAUGACCGACAAUUCCAAGGCCUUCCGAAACGCCAUCGAAAGCUGUGGCGCCUCGCGGGGGCAGCAGCGCCUUUUGCUGGAGAUCCCUGAGGGCACUUUCCUCACAGGUUCCUUCAAUUUAUCAAGCAAGAUGACUCUCCGUUUGCUCAAAGGUAGCAGACUCUUAGGGGUGACGGAUUUCUCGGCAUAUCCGUUGGUUCCACCACUUCCAAGCUAUGGCAUCAAUCGGGACUGGGCCAAAGACCUCAGCCUAAGGCCUGCAGCUUUGAUCUCAGGCUUCAACCUGACAGACGUUGUGAUUGAAGGCGAAGAGAUGGGUCACGGCUACGCGGAGAUCGAUGGGAAGGGUGAAUGGUGGUGGGCGAAGUUCCGCCGUGGGCCUUUGCCCUUUGGGCGGCCUUCACUCAUCCAGUUUAUGUACAGCGACCAUAUCAUCCUGCGCAAGCUCAUCCUCAAAAAUCCACCCUUUUGGAACACCCAUUUCUACGCUUCGCGAGACAUAGUGGCCGAACGUUUGCGGAUCGAAGCACCGUAUUCGUCGAAGAACACGGAUGGAAUCAAUUUGGAUUCCGUCACUAAUGCAGUUGUACGCCAUUGUGUGAUUUCCACGGGAGAUGACGCCAUCGCGAUCAAGAGUGGCCUCAACGAAGCUGGUUUGCGCUUUGGGAUGCCCAGUUCCCACAUCCAUUUGCAUGACUUGGAAGUGCGUUCCAAGUGCCUAUCAAUCGGCAGCGAAAUGAGUGGUGGCAUCUCCGACGUUUUGGUGGAGAACAUCCACUUUGGAGAUGAUCGCCCAAAAAAACCGCUGGCAUGGCAUUUUCAUUAA